ACAACAUCACAUUUUUGGAUGAAGCAGCUACCCAUUAAAAUUAUUUUUAAUAUUAUUUUAUCUGCUCGACUAGAUCAUAAAUUUGCGAAAUAUUAUAUUUUUAUAUAUUCAAAUGUUUUAAAUUAGAAAAUUUUAAAACUUAAAAACAUAUGUGUAAAAAUCUCGAUUCCAUACAGAAGUGUUUGCGGGCAAAAAUCUAGUAUAGAUCGCUUUGUACAUUUUGAGUCUAACCGUCUUUCACAAAAUUUUUUAUGUUUUUGCACGUUUUAACAAAUCGGAUGAUUUUAAAUAAAUAAAAUUAUUAAUGUGUAAUGAGUAUGGUCAUGACUGGAGAUAAAACUAUGGAAAAUAAAGAUGAAUCAAAUAAAGUCACGGUUCUGGCAAAAAAGGUUGAAAUCGCUAUAAAAAACAUAAUGGCUAGGUCUAAAGGGAAAAAAGAUAAAUAAUAUAAUAUAAAAAACUGGAAUGUGAAAGAUUUUUAAAAUUAUUCAAUUGAGCGUAUUCACUAUAUUUAACAUACGCCUUAUAUAAUGGAAUCCGGCUCAAUUAAUCUGAU